AUGGACACUGUGUACAUCCGCGGCCUCUACAUCUUCGUUCUUUGGAUCAGAAUCGCCGCCAUUAUUAGAGCCACAGAGGAUACGCGGCCCCAAUGUAUAUUGCGAGCAAUUCUAGACAAUUACAUCUGGACAUGCCUCGUCCGUUCUGUCAUCGUACCCGUUUUCGAGCUGAUUCUCGUCCGCGGUCGCACGCUCAGCUUUAGAGCACUCAAGACAGAGCUCUUCUGGGGUCUUCUCCGACUCAUCCUCUGGUUGACCUCCGCCGUGUGUCUUAUCUGGACCUGCUAUCUUUUCAACUUUGUCUCUCAGGGCCUAUGUCUCUUUCCGAGUAGCAUUGUCUUCUUCCCUCCGGAGCCCAGCAUUGCUGAUUCGUUCGCCGACUAUAUGAAUGAUCUCCACCGCGCUUUGUGCAGAUGGACAUUCGUGACAUUGUUGCUCGCCUUUGUGAUGUCUAUUCAGCUGCUUGUUGAGAUGUAG